CGAAUAUCUUCCUUGAGAAUAGUAAAUUCUGCCAUGAUAGACACUCACGCUUUGUCGGCACGGGUCAAGCUUUGUCUACUUCAACACAGGAAACCCGCAUAUAAUACUGCAAAACAUUUGGCAGUGUAUAACAACCCGCAGUGUUCGGGCCACGCUAAGUGGUUUCUGUUGUCCUUCAACUUGGGAGCCCUGUGGCUCGAAGAACGCCUGGUGAAAAUCGUCUCUACCGAUCAUCCACGUUUGCAAAGCUCGUAUGAUCUUUAUAUCUUCUUAAUUUAUGACAUUUCUACUCUAAAUUUCCAACUUAUUUUAAAGCGUACAUAAGAGGAAUGCAUGAUUUCACUAAUUUGUUUGAAAUUUUAACGUUUUAAAGUUAAAAUUGGAUGUAAUUCAUUGGAUAAUGCUGAGUCGUAAGCUACCAUUAGUCGGUCGUAGCUCUUUACUCUUUCUUUCCAAGCACGAGUCUUUUUUAUCGAUGAGUUCCAGCUUCAGCAAACUUCUAGGCGACGCUGAUAAACAGUCGACUAGCAGAACGACACUCCCGAGCAGCCUAAAUGUCGACAAAGGGCAGCGUUUCAAAACAAACGGAGAACGAAAGAACGAAACCCAAACAACUGAAAGCACGCAUAUGCUCAAGUCAGAUAAAGUGGAAUUGGAGAAGCUUUCAGAUGAAGAAAAGGAAAUAUAUUUUGCACAUGAAGAGGCAUGUAAGAGAGGAGAAAACAUGUACCAAGAUCCUGCUACAGGAUAUGCAGUAUUUACUGAAGUCUUCCACAGACAAAGAGGUUCUUGUUGUGGAAAUGGCUGCAGACAUUGUCCUUUUAAUCAAGAGAAUGUUCCACUCAGCAAAAGGAAAGCAAAAUUUAACUCUGCCUUUUACAUUUAGCAAGUCAAAAAAGUACAUUUUGGAUGAAGUAGCCCUCGGUUUUAAGAAAGUUGGAUUAAAGAUCGGCGGUCUUGUUUCUUCCCAGGCGACGAUGCCAAGCGCGGGUCAAAUGAAUUCUCUCGACAAGAACAGUAUUUGUGCCGGAUGUGGAUUGAGGAUUAUCGAACGCUUCUACUUAAUGGCCGUGGACCGUGCAUGGCAUAUAGACUGCUUAAAAUGUAGCGAAUGUGAUCUGCGACUUGACAACGAACUUACCUGCUUUUCCAAAGACGGUCUGAUCUUGUGCCGUGAUGACUAUUACAAGAGAUUUUCAGUUCAAAAAUGCUCAGCUUGCGGUCAAGGAAUAACGAGCAAGGAGCUAGUCAUGCGAGCCCGCGAACAUGUGUACCAUGUCGGCUGUUUCGCUUGUGAUCGCUGCAAACGCAUGCUCGCCACGGGCGAGUACUUCGGAAUGCGUGGAAUGCGGAUAUAUUGCAAGGAAGAUUAUGAAGAGUUACUACGAGAGGAAUCGCGUUCAGGGAAAACUUCAUCCAGUUCGAAAGGAAGACCAAGAAAAAGACGGUUAGCAAGUACUAUCGAAAGCGUCAGUGCUUUAGCAGGAUUCACCCUUGGAGCUAGACCAGAAGAUCUUAAUGGCGUCACGAGCGACGGUCGACCCAAACGAGUUCGAACCUCCUUUAAACACCACCAACUUCGAGCAAUGAAAGCCUACUUCGCUAUAAAUCACAACCCCGACGCAAAAGACUUAAAACAACUCUCUCAAAAAACCGGUUUAACCAAGCGUGUUUUACAGGUUUGGUUUCAAAAUGCGCGGGCAAAGUUCCGUAGAACUGUAUGUAAUUCACAGUCUCCGAUGUCUCCUUCGUGUGAGCAGUUAACGYCUACGAGUACGAUUGUGGAAACGCCCGGGGCGUAGAGACUCAUGAAACCAAUAGCUAGCCAUAUAGCGGUGUCAAAUAUGGACUGCAAUAUAAAAGUGGCCUCGAAUGAUUGCAAUAACUGUUACUACAGUGGAAUCUGCAGACAAGCAUUCCUUUAUAUUUCAAAGAGCGCUUUACAUGUUUCUGCGAGCCCCCAAUUCCGGGACUCCUGGAUUUCAUUGGCUUCCAAUCAAAACAUUACGAACUCAGACCAAUUGAAAUUUAAUGGCCAAAACGCGAGGCAAAUUCCCGCGCCCUUCGUCUGGGUGGCAGAAACAUGGAAAACGUUUUGAAACAGUAUAAGCGAGGGUUAGGGUAAGGGUCAAAGUGACCCAAACCGCUUCAACUGUAUGCAAUUAAGAGCAGAAUCUUGCGCAAUUUAUAAGCUCAAAUUACCGCCAUGGUGUAUUCAUACACUCCGUUUGGAGCGAGAUUUUGAUGCACAAAGCAUAAACCUUGCAUUUGGAUGGAGUCGAACUUCAAUCAAUCAAUACAACGGUUUUCGUAUGAGUGGGAAACGAUAAGGAACAUUCGUAGCCGUAUCGUAUCUUACCGAAACCUGAAGCUGCGCGUUGUAAUUGAAUGAAUGGUUGGAAGGCAAGAUGAGGCCAUUUCAGUGCUACGGCAUGUCGUACCGUGUACGUACUCUAGGUCAGCAACAUUUGGAGUAUGUAACCGGUACAUGGUGCAUUUGUUGCGCACACAGUGUUUUAAGGUGUCACAUGUAGCACCUUUUCCAGCAUCAAAAAGCUAUAAAUAAAGGAAUGCUACCAAAUUCUGAUCAGCGGUAAAGCGAAAUAAUAUAAUUAUUCUGGUCAGCGGUACGCCAAAAAUCAAAUGUUUCUGGUCAGCGGUACACCAAAAUAAUAAAAUUAUUCUGGUCAGCGGUACACCAAAAUAACUUAAUUAUUCGUAUCUUGUCAGUGGUACACAAAAAAAACGUAAAUUGAUUGGCUGAAAAUAUUACGUGAUGGCCAGCAACAUUGCAGGGUAUCUUCACACGAUAGAGCUUGUUACGCGCAGCAAUACAGGAAUAAAAUUCUACUCUACUUCUGCAAGGUUGUGUGCACUGACUUAAAUGGUGGAUGAGCGCACUGCAAUUUCGUGGUACAGUGAAAUAGUGCACAACAGCUGCAAUGUGCUCAUGGUAAUGAAAUUCAAUUGUUUUUUCAGCUGAUCGAAACCCAGCAAUAUCGGAACUCAUUGAUUCCAAUCUUAGAUGAGCACUUGCUGACAGCUUUUAAUAUGCUCUUUGCAAUAAACAUUUGACCGCUAAAGAAACUACACUGUUUACUGGGAAACGUAAAUAAAAAUUAGAACAAAU